AUGUUCCAGCAUCGUGCCAACGAAGAGGAGUUCAUCGGUGCCUCCAAGAACAAGGAUUCCCGGUUCAUCCUUCCCGGAUAUGGCCGACCAUUGGACUAUGCACCGAUGGAGAAGAACAUCUACGGCGUGGAGAGCCGGAGCAUGUUUCCAUCCGCCUUGGAUGACAGAGAUAUUGAGAAUGGAUACACCGAAUUGCCCGUCCAGUCUCUUCGUGAGAUCGAAAUGCUCCGCGUAAUGGAAGAGUUGACUGACAUUCCUGAAUGGUGGAUCAAGGUUCAAGAUCCCGGUAUCGAUGAAGAAUGGAAAGCAUCAGCAUUGAAUGGUGAAAAGGACAUCACCCCCAAUAUGGCCAACUGGAUCAUCGACGAGCUCAAGUUCAAAGCGAUGAUCUACGAAACAAGCCAGGCUGUCGCUCUGUACAACGGGGACAUGACCAAGUCCGAUUCAAAUAUCCCCAGAUCACUCGUUGAAAGACUGGCAAAGGAGACCAAAGUCUUGGAUUAUGAUGACGCCGAGUUGAAAUUCCACCAUCCGGGAACUGUGGGAAAACAGCGAGAUCUCCUGGCCAUCGCAUUAUACCCCCUUGUAUACGGCAAAAGUCGAAUUCUUGUGGAUACGGUCAUCGGGUUAGAUGAAGCCCUAGGAGCCGUCGGUCAGGGCGAAGUGAUCCCCCCGCCCAGAGAGACGGGCAUCACUCGAGAAGACAUGGCCUGGCGAGUAAAGUCGCGAUCAGACAUCCAGGUCAAACCGUAUAAUCUGAAUUUCCAGCUUCUGCCGGCCGACUUGGAGCUGGGCGACGAUGACCGUUGGCAUCUUGUGUCGUACAUCAACAAUCUGCACCCAGUCAAGCACCGCAACAUCUACAAACUGAUCGAGGACAUAGUCAACUGUAUGGUCCCUCAGUUCAAUAUGACGAUGACGCCACUCAAGGACAUGUUGCAUUCACGCGCGCGAAUCACAUAUCACAAGGCUGAAUACCAUCCUGUUCCUCAGGCAGUUGUCGACAAGGAGCCGCAAAUUGGAGCCAAAGAGGCCCAGAGUGAGUUUUCAGAGCGAUACUCGGAUUGGCGACAUGAGAACUUCAAAGUGAUUCAGCCCGAUGCUGGUGUAUUCAUCCCCUGGGCUGUACCUCCGGCCCUGAUGAACAAGCUCCCCGAGGACCUGCCUAGUCCCGUCCGCAUCGAACGAGAUGUCUCACUCAACAGGGACUACAAGGACCGCGGUCUUCAGGUCAUCACACGCAUUAUCGGUGUCGAUCUCACCCCGGAAGAUCCCUAUUUCCAAUCUGACUGGCACGUCGAAGGUCAAAUGAACGAACACAUCUGUGCCGCUGCAUUCCUCCUGUUCGACAAUGAGAACAUGGAGGACCCGAUCAUGGAAUUCCGCAACAUCGUCGAAACCGGAUCCCUUGCUGCAGUCGAACAUGAGCCCGAUGACUUCGUCUGGCUCAAGCAAGUCUUUGGCCUUUCAAUCGGAGAGCCGGCUAUUCAGCACCCAGGCUCGAUCAAGUGCAAAGUGGGCCGUACCGUGAUAUUUCCCAGUACCGUACAGCACCGCGUGACUCAUCUCGAGCUGAAAAACAAGUCGAAGCCGGGGCAUACUCGUGCCCUUGUGUUCUUCCUGGUCGAUCCGAAUCUGCGGAUCAUCUCCACGGCCAAUAUCCCACCACAGAGGUUGGAUUGGACGCUCGAUGCAAACGGGGAUGAUGAAAAGUUGAAGGCUACCAUGGCAAGGCUGGCUUUGGAUAACAAAGACCGGAAAGGUCCAAUGGCGAUGUCGUUGCUGGAGGCGCUGCAGGCGAGAGACAAGUUUUUGAAGGAUAUGAUCGAGUUUACUAAGUAUCAGCAUGUCGCCUUUGACUCACAGCUCUUGAUGCUUUGA